GUGACUCAGUCACCGACUGGAAUGGCUAUAUAAGCUCUCCCUCAACAACUUGUACACAUACUGAAUGCAAGUUUCUAGUGCAUCUUAUCAGAGGAGAAUCUCUAGUGACUGCUGAAUCCUGAACUAACAAGAUAAGAUUAAAAGCCACAAACUGUGUUGUGGAGCAAUGAAGGUUUAUCAGAGCGUCCUGCUACUUUUCUGCUGCCAGUUCUUUCACACUCUGGCUUUAAACUGUAACAUGGUGGAUGGUAACCUGAAGCAGAUAGACGCUGGGUCUGGCUCCGUGGUUGGCGUGAACCGUAAUGAUGAGAUAUUCGUCCUGAUUGAUAACGUCUUCACAAAGAUCAGCGGGUCUCUAAAGCACUUCAGUGUUGGUCCUGCUGGUCAGCUGGGGGUUAAUACAGCAAACAACAUCUUUAGGUUUCAGAGUGGCGGUUUUGUUAAGCUUGAAGGGCUUCUCAAUCAGGUGGAUGCUGGAGGUGAUCAGAUCAUUGCAGGUGUCAAUAUGUAUGAUGACAUAUUCUGUUCAAAUAUGGAUGCUAACAACAAAUGGCUAUCCAGUAACAUUCCUUGGAUUAAAAUUGGUGGAAAGCUGAAGUACUACAGCUGUGGUCCAUACAGCUGUUGGGGAGUGAACCACAACGACCAAAUCUUCAUCAUGAAGGAUGUGUCGUCUAGUGUCUGUUCAGGGUCCGGCAGCUUUGUGAACAUUCCUGGACUUCUGUCCAUGAUUGAAGUAGCAACUGAUGGCAGUGUCUAUGGUGUGAACUCUCAAGGGAGCUUAUUCCGACGAACUGGUGUCACUCGCUGCACACCCGAUGGCACAGACUGGAUCCCAGUGGUUGCCUGUCCCAAUGGUCACCAGCAUGUGAGCUUUGACCUGGGAGUGCUGUGGGUCGUGUGUGUUGACGGCUCCAUCCGUAAAUGCAGUUAAGGCACUACACAGGGGAGCGGGAAGUCUUAAAAUUCUGGCGGAGUGUAUGCCUAAAUGUACUUCUAUAGUCUGUCACUGCAGCACAGGAGCUCAAUCACUAACAGAAACCUCCAAGUGAUUUGUAAUAAAGUGUUCUGCCAUUA